UGUAGAUGUGACACUGGCAUGCGACGACGGUUCCGUCGUCAGGGCCCAUCGUGUCGUUUUGGCGGCAGCUAGUCCCCUUUUGGCUAAUCUUUUACGAAAUCCCGCCUUGGACCACGUGGUCCAUUUCUCUGGGGUCAGGAAGGCCCAGCUCAAUCAUCUUCUCGAGUUUAUCUACAACGGAGAGGCUCUUAUACCCUCGACAGAGCUUAUACCAUUGAGAGAACUCUUCGAACUACUUCAAAUCAACUCGGAACUUUUCGAGCCCAACCUAGCACAGACCUCUAGUAAUUCUGAUCCUGAAAGGAUACCCACUCCUCAACCUUCCGAGGAUCAAGAAAGUUCUAGUUACGAAUCCAAAUACGACAGCAGACAAACGAGUAAUCCUGCUGAUUGUUGUUCGGUACUAAUUAAGACCGAGGAUUGCGAAGAGGAGCCGGAAGUAGACGUGGAAGGUGUCGAAGGUGAAGGUUUGCUCGCGGAAACAAGAGAAGGUAGCAUAGAACCGCCAAGAAGAAGGGAUAGUUCGGAUCCUGUGAACCUCAGUUUAAAUUCCGGAGCGUCUACGAUGAGUGAAAGUUCUCACGACAUAGUACAUAGACCAGAGAAGCAAUUACUCGAGAGGCGAGAGUCCUUGGACGAAGCCGAAGAGAGGACAAGACAAAUGGCGGCGCGAUUGGCGUUAGGUUUGGAGCAUGGCAAACGAAAACCCGAAGAAUUACCGAUCCCACCGGCUGAGGCGUACGUCGUGACGCCUCAUCGAAAACGUAGGCCAGGUUUUCACAACGCACCAGCACAGAAUCCAGCUUUCGUACCGUUCAAUCCGAGCUUCGAGACACCCAGGAGGUUACAAGCGCCUCAUCCGUUGAGUCUAUCCGCGCCACCGUAUCUAGACCGGUCAAUAACGCCACCAGGAGCAUCGCAUCGGCCACCAAGCGCCGAUCCAGCUUCGGCUGCUGGCCUAGAACCACCUUGGGGUGCUUGGACCCUACCACCCGCUCGAGCACCUCCACCACCUCCAACGGAGGAUCCACCAAAGUCGACACCCGUCCGAGAAUACCGAUGUACCUAUUGUGGCAAACAAUUCGGCAUGUCCUGGAACCUGAAGACGCAUCUUCGAGUACACACCGGCGAGAAACCAUUUGCCUGUCGACUCUGCGUCGCCAUGUUCAAACAGAAAGCUCACCUGCUGAAACAUCUCUGUUCCGUUCACAGAGGUGUGAUAGCUGCACCGGACAAUACGUUUACGUGUUGUUUCUGUUCCCUCAAUUUCGACAGUUUGCAAGAACUCAUAAGGCAUCUGUCAGGGCCGCAUAAUAAUUUGCUGCUUAGUAAAAACCUGCACGAUUAGCGACAAUAAAAGGCUAUCCGGUGCUAAGAAAGUGAACGAUCUCGGGUAUACCGAUCGAACUCCGUUUCUUUCGUUGAUAUUUUAUCUCGAUUUUCCUCGAGUCGAAUGUCGCUUUCAUUCUCCAGAUCAGGUGUCGAGAUACACCUACGAUGUUUCGUCCAAGAUAUCGAAGUAAUACAUAAGUACGUCUUUUUUUAUCAGACGAUUACAACUUUCCACUUUGAUAUCGGGGAAAAAGGAUCUCUUUGAUCUGGAACUUUUAGAUUCGAUCGAAUCUUCGAUUAACGCGUGAUUAUCGAUAACUGAUUGGUAUCUCUCAGCAUAACCAGUUGUGAUCUCUGAUACCUAAUACAAAGUUAAGUAGACGCGAUUAAUCAUCCAAGUGUGCCGUCCCUUCGCGAGCUAAACGUUCCUCCGCGAUAAUAAAUUAAAUAUUUUUUCGACACUUUUAUAGGCCGAUUCUCGCGAGGACACGGCACGAAGCACUGGAAGAGCCUUUAUGACGAAUAGCGAAAAAGAAAAGGAAAAGAAAAAUAAUAUAAAAUAAAGAUAACAGGGUCCUCGUUUUCGUGGAUCUUUCUUCAUAUUGAGAAGAUUCAAGGACGAGGAAGUGAUAACCAUUGAUACUGUGUCUUAUCGAUAAGGGUUAAUUGGUAACUUCGUUUUUCGAGAUAUAUCGGCUCGCGAAUUUAAGCGUAAAUUGCCGAAUAGAAAAAUGAAAAAGAGAAAGCUAAAUAAAAAGAAAUUCGCAGGAAGGAUCGGAGAAAGCAGCGAUCGGAAAGAUGCGAUCUCGUAGCACGUACGUAAAAAAGGAUAAAGAAAAUAAAAAUGUUGACGGUGCGUUUUCGAUCGAUGGAGAUCUUGAAUUAAAGGGAGGACACAAAAAAACAAAUAAUGAUAACAAUGAUAAUAAUAAUAAUAAUAAUAAUAACAAUAAUAAUAAUAAAAAUAAUAAUAAUGAUAGUAAUAGUAAUGAUAGUAAUAAUGAUAAUAAUGAUAAUAAUAAACAAAAGGAAAAAAAAUAUAUUAAUAAAUCGGUUUAAAGCGUGCGACAGUCAGUAUGAGAGACGUUUAUCUCUCAUCUAGCUCGGCGCUCAGAAACGAUCGCAACGCAAAAAUCUCUCCUCUCACGUGGUUUUUUUUUUGUACAUAAUGUUAAAUAGGAAGAAAGAGGCCGUACGUUAACGGACUAUCAUUAUUUAUUUUACAUUUUGUAAAGGGACCAACCGACUUUCCACCGAUUUCUGUCUUAGGUAGAUAUUAGGUAUAUCCUGCCCGGCAAUCGCCUCAGAACAAACUAGCUCGUAGUGAAACCGAACCGGAAAAUGUUCGAGCGUCGCAUCAUGAGAUUUCCGACGAUCGCUGAAUAGAUAAAAGAUAUAAAUAAAUAGAGAGGGAGAGAUGGAUAAGAGAAAAGAAACCGAAUACGAAAACAAAAACGAAAACGUAAACGAAAACAUAAACGAAAGAACGAAACAAAAACAAAUAGUAAAAAGAAAGAAUGAAAGAAAAUAAGAAGAGUACGCUCUAUUUACGUCUUCCAAUAUCAGAACGUCCUUGUCCCCUCUCCGUAUUCUCAUUUUCGAAGAACCCCUCCGAAUCUUCCUUCUAUCGAAUGCCAGUCUCUUCCUCUCUGUUAUCUCGAGUAACGAUCGUCGUUAUAUCUCAAGCGAUUGGAGUGCCUUGCGUCAGAUGGGUCCAAAUCGGUCGAUCGGGCAGUGAUUUCAUGUGUUCAUAGGCUUAAGACAAGUUACGCGUAUAAAAAAAUUCAAUCAAGACGAAUUACACGAGCUCGCUUUUAGAAUGAGGAAAUAUUAAAAUGGAAAGAGUCGAUAUAGCGAUGAUCAUGAUAAUUACGGUUAUGAUCGCGACAAUGAUGAUGAUGAUGAUGAUGAUGAUGAUGAUGAUGAUGAUGAUGAUGAUGAUAAUGAUGAUGAUGAUAAUGAUGAUGAUGAUAAUGAUAAUGAUGAAUUCUUAAUUCAACAUUAGAGAAGAUUCUAAUUAUCACUCGGAUUAAAUCAAUAACUUUUCGUUAUUACGUCUAGUUCUUGUCGUUGUAAGUAGUAGCUUCUUUUUUCGUCUUUAUUAGUUCUCUUACACCUUUUUUUCCUCAUCCUUUUCCUCCUCUUUUUCUUUUUCUUCUUCUUCUUUUCCAUCUUCUACUUCCUUUUCUUCUUCUCCUUUUCUUCGUUGACGCAGGACGUCAUAAUGUUCUUUCUUAUCCCUCUAAGCAAAUCUAUUUCCAUAACCUAAGGUGCCUUGAAAAAAGGCCUUCCGACCUCUCUUCGGACCUCCCCCGACAACCACCUCGGUGAUCAUCGGUAAUAAAGCAAGGGAUUAUGUACCUACUUGCUCUUUCUUUCUUUUUCUCUCUUUCUUCCUCUCUCUUUCUCUCUCUCUCUCUCUCUCUCUCUCUCUCUUUCUCUCUUUCUUUCUCUCUUUCUCUUUCUUUUUCUCGCCUGACGAAGAGCAACGAAGGACUUCCUUUUUUAAACAAAUGACAAGGGAAACAUCGAUAUAUAUAUAUAUAUAUAUAUAUAUAUAUAUAUAUAUAUAUAUAUAGAUGCAAACUCUUCGAUCGUCUUCGUCGUCGGAAAUACAAAAUUUUAAGGACAACUUCAUAUAUAUAAACGCCAAAGAUAGAAUCGUAAACUAUAUACAAAAUUAUCGAUAUAUCUAUGACGAAAACGACGACACGGAACAAUGUUGGAAUCAAGAAAUUUUAUGGAAAAAAAAUUCAGUAAAAUACAUAAAUAAAGAAAGAGAAAAAGAAAAGAUACAUCAGGCACGAAUAAUCAUUAAUAAAAUGAUCUCUAGGAAUGAAUUAAAUUUAAAUAAGAUUUCAAUGACUACAUGAUAACUUUAAUAAAUAUCCAUGAUGAAUGUUAAAUUGAAUUAAAAAAAAAAAAAGAAACGGAGACACAGACAUAGACACAAACACAUAGACACACACGCAAAUAACGAAAAGGAUAGAAAAAAAGGAGACGUUGGGAACACACUAGUCCGUAAUCCUAGUUUCUCUUUGUCCUGCUAACCGAGAUCACUCGAGGUGUGGAAAGAAAAUGAAAGAAAAUUUGGCCUGUUUCGUUUUCUCUUCGUCGCUUUCUCGUUAUUCGUACUAUGUUUGUAGAUUCAUCGAUACAACGAGGAGUGGAACGGGACGAUAGAGAAACGAAAUAUUAGAUGGAGAUUAGAGGGGUGGUGCAUGAGCUCCCAUUGAAUCAGCCAGAGUACGCGAAUGGCCAGCACAAAAAGCGAAUGAACGCAAUGUGAUACUAAAUGAUAAUAAGAAUAAAGAUAUAAUUAUUCUGUAGCGUGCGACUGCUCGGGACACGAAGCGUGUCAUUUGAAACGAAAAAUGUAUGAUAGAAAGAAAGAGAGAGAGGGAGAGAGAGAGAGAGAGAGAGAAAGAAAGAUGUUCGUAUCCCUAGAGUCGCCUUGAAUAUUAUAAGCAGCUAGCCUAUGUCACCCUCUCCCUCUAUCCCACGAACCUACCCAUCCUUAAACCCAUCCUUAAAUUUUUCCCAGAUUUUCGAGCCGUAGACGGACUAGGGUUACGCAAUAAAGAUUAUUUUAACGUUUAAUUAAUUAUGCUUAUUUUGUGUAUGUAUUAUACACGUAUACCCACGAAGCUGGGUGCUCAGAUAUCCCCUAAGAGGCAACGAAUGUAUUGUUAUUAUACAAUAUCUCCUUUCAAAGUAGUCUCUCUCCUUCGAUGAAUCAUUAAGUUUCCUUUUAAAUGUAAACAUGUUCCAAGUAAACAAUAAUCUCGACAUUUUCUUUAUCGCGAGUUCCGAGAAAUAUCGUACGUUCUAAAAGAUCUUGUUAUUGUUAUUGUUUGUAUUGUAUCGACCGAAUCCGUCCUAGAAGGAUCAAAACAAGAGAAAGAUCAGUACCUUUGACGUCUCUCACGGGUAAAUCUGGGCGAAGUUUCAUAGCUGUUAAGCAUUUUCCGAGCGGCGAGCGUCCUCUGCGUGCUUUCUUAGUGUUCAUAGUCUUUACGAUGAGAUAAAUUAAUUCCGAAAGGGGAAAAAUAUGUAAAAAUGAAAAGAUAAAACAGAAGCGAGCGAAAAGAA